AUAGAUUACUGAAGGACUCCGAGAGACGUACUAGUUCAAAAUAGUGUUCUAUAAAUGUUUAAGUGGUGAACGUGGUAGUUAAAUGUACUUACUGCACCCAUAGAAGUGCGCGUUGCAGAUAUCGCAAUUAAAAUUGCAUUAAAAUUUUAUUUUAUCGUGUGCGCUAAAUGGGAAAAGUUCAGUGAUUAGAGGCCCAGAAAGUUUUUUUUUGGAAAAUGAUGUGAAAGUUUUAAUGCGAAUCAACGGACGAGAUAGGCAAAUACAAUGUGCCGUUAAUUGGAGCAGCGAGCAGAACAGGAACAGGAGCAGCACACAACGAGAGAGGGAGAUCUGUAAGAAGGCGAUGUCCCUGCUGUUUUUGUUAAUGCCUGAGGAACCCCUAUGCUGUCACUGGGUUUCCCCCUUUCGGUGUCUUUCUUUGCGACUUUCGCUUUCAUUUAUGCGAAGAUUUCUAAAAUGAUGGAUACUAUGAUUAUUUGCGUGCACGGAAUGCCCAGCUUAUGCGGGGAUAACGAGUGGCAGCAGCAGCAGUGGCAGUGGCAGUGGCAGAAGACCAACCUAGAUAUAAAGUUCGUGCCGUAAAUCUUCAACUUGCAUGGAAUUAAUACCCCACCGCCGGGAGGGGGACAGGGAGGCGCAACAGGAGCGGGUCUAGGCGGGGGGCGUUGCGCGCAUGCAACACACAUUAGUGGGUCACUCGAAGAUGAUGACGCUGAUGACCGCAACCGCAGAAGCAACAGAAACAACAGCAACAACAGCAACAACAACAACAGCAGCUAAACAAGCAACCGCCUUGCAGGGGAAAAUUAUAUAAAAUUAUCAUGCAGGACGGGCCACAGCGAGCAGCAAGUCGGCCACUUGACGGCGGCAGACGGCAGGAAAAGGCUAAGGCUACGCUGCAGCGGCGGGUCGCAUGACGUACACGACGUAACGUGCACACCCUAACGGGGCUGCUGGCCAAUUUGUCCACAAGAAGGACACGAGCGGAGCACCACCCAACCGAACUGAGCCACUAACCAGGCGGAAAGUGCAACUGCAACUGCAACGGAAACCGAAACUGAAACCGAAACAAAAACGAGAUCCAAAGUGUACCCAAAAAACUGAAACUUUUCGGCCCGAAUGGCACAACUUUUCGAACAAUUGCCACGGCGUUGGGGCGAGCGGCGUUGAAAAGCGACGGAAAAAAUGUCAAAAUGGCGAAGUUAACGUUGCCGCGUCUUUUGCAGCGACUGCAGCUGUUGGCGUUGCAAUUGGCCACGCCCAGCAGGCAGCCGCCACAUCAUCAGCAGCAGCAGCAACAGCAGCAACAGCAGCAGCACCCACACGCACACCCACACGGCUGCCAUCUGAUGGCCAUGCAGCUCUGCCAGGCCAUGCUCCUAUACGGCUGCCUCCUGCUCCUCCAUGCGUCUGCCUCAGUGUCUGCCUCGGCCUCGUCCUCGGCCUCGCACACGGCGCUGGCACUGAAUCUCUCAUCAGCCAUAGACCUAAACCAACUCAAACACCAUCCAGAGCAGCCCGAUCAUCCGCAACAACCACAACAACCACAACGCGCACAGAAACGUGACGCUGCCAAUGUGCCUGACGAUGACUAUGAUGGCAGCUACCCGGAUGAUAUCGACGACAUUGAGGCCUUGCUAAAUAAUAAGUCAGCAAAGGGGAAGUACAUUGGGGCGCCGUGCAACGAGCUGAAGUGCGACGUGAAGCUGCUGCAUGUGGCCUGCGACAAGGAGACGCAGACCUGCACAUGCGAGCGGAACUAUCCCGUGCAGCUGGGACUGAUAAAGGGUUGCGCCAAACCUAAAAAACUGGGCGAUCAGUGUUUCUACGACGAGACGUGCAUCUACAACGAUGAGAACUCCCUCUGUGUUCAGGUGCGCCACAAUGCAAUGUGUCAGUGUGCCAGUGGCUUUCAUUCGGUCAGCUACACGAAGCCGACACGGCGUGUCUUUUGCACGCCAGAUCUCAGCGAGCUGAGCUCUGAUCUGCCCACGCUGCUGGGCGUCUCCACGGGCAUUGCCGUGCUGGCCGGGCUCAUCUGUAUGGUGCUGCAUCUGUUCAGCAAGACCAAGUAUCCGAGGCACCGCAACUACGGGGACGCCAGCAUUCCGCCGCCCAUUCUUUACUCCAGCGAUACAGGGAUACCGCUGACAGUGCACUCGGCGCGCCCUUCGUCGCGCUCUAGCAUACGUUCGACGGGAUCGAUUGGCUCCUUUGGGCAGCGACGGGCUUCGGUGGGAGGACAGGCUAGCGGAGCAGCAGGUGGAGCUGGUGGUGGAGGAGGUGGUGCUGGAGGUGGAGGCGGCGGCGGGUCGAAGGGCAUACUGGUGUCGACGUCUCGUACAGGUGCGGCUAGAUCGGCCGCCAUAUUGCUCAUAUCGUGUCACAUAGCGGCCGUGUCGAAACAAAAUUCUCGCGCCUCAUCGCGUCACACAUCCGGAGCCGGUUGCAGCCAGCAUUCGCGCGACGAUCUCGACGAGAACAGUGGCGGCGGUGGCGGUGGCAGCGCGAGCGGUUGUCGCAGCUGCGAGAGCUCGCUCUCGAUGACCCGCCAACUGCAGAAGCAACUGAACCAUCAGCGGCAUCUGCUCAGCUUCGAGCUGUCGCCGGCCAGGUCAAAGAAUCAGGAUAGAUUUAGGACCCUCUUGGGCAUGAACGGAAUUGAUAAUAAUUAUAGAACCCAUGACGAUGAUGACGACGACUACGGUCCCCAUAGCAUAGAUCCCGGCACUGUUCCGGCCGUGCAUACACAGGCCCAUGGCCAUGAUGUCGAUGGCGAUGUCGGUGGCGUUGGUGGCGGUGGUGCCAGUGGUCCCAGUGGUGCUGCUGCUGGUUAUAGUUAUGGUUAUGGUUAUGGUUAUAGCGAUGCCGAUACCAACGGCGAUACUAACGGCACUGACGGCGCCGAGCUGCAUCAUUUGCAAAUUGGCGCACUCCCCACGCCGGCGAGUGAAACGCCCCGAUUUGCGGUAAAUCAACUCAAUCAUCAGUCGUUCAGUCGUUCAGUCGUUCAGUCCUUCAAUCGCUCCAGUCGCUCAUCAUGAUCAGUCAUCGUUGCAGCAGAUCAGCAUAUCAGCAUAUCAGCAUCCAUAUCAUCUUCAUCUCCAUAUCCACAUCCGUAUCCGUAUCUGUAUCCAUAAAACAGCUCCACAUCACAAUGGAAACUAAAUCGAAAUUAUCUGUUCUCUGUUCUGUUGCUGCAUCCAGCACUCUCUCAGUUGGAGAUACUCGUACUCCCAAGUGUGUUCUUACCCUUGAUGGAAUUUAUCUUUUAACUAAAUUCUGUUUGUUACUGGUAGAGCUACAACAACAUGCAUACAAUAGAAAGCGUACACUGUUCAGACACUUGUAUAGAUCCAUAUUCAUCUCAUUUCAUUCCAAAGCAAGGUCUCUAAAGGCACAUCUCUUGUACCCAUUCGAUGUUUAUAAAUUCUCUGCGUUUAUAUAAAUUUCACACAUGUACUAUUCAUGCUGUUGGUUUUCCAUGAUGUUUGUAAUUCGAUUAUCAAAUUAAUUCAUUCAUUUGUAUAUCUUUCGCACACACAUACACACGUCCAGAAGUGGGUCAGGGCUCUCUCGAUUACCAUUUCAAAUCAGGGUUAAUUAAUUUUACUUGUGUCCAAAAGUCAUUCCAUUUCAUUUGAUUUCAUUUCACCCCCAUAUUAGCCCUAUCCCUGAUCUAUCUAUCCUCCCCGAUUCAGCGCAUUGCUUGCAUAUUUAGUGUUUAAAUCGGUUAAAAUUCUAUCUCCCGAACUAGUUGAAAAGUGAAACAAAAAUUUUUAUGUUCUCUUGAUGAUCGAUGUUAAAUGUGCUUCCGAGCUCCCUUCUGUUUCCAAAUACAAAGUUGUUUCUAUUGUUAUAAUUUCUAUACUAUAACCAGACACACACACACACACACACACACAUACAUAUACACUUACACGCACACUGAUAAUGAUAAGGGUUCAAGAAUAAAUUCAACAGCAACGACAGAUAAUUGCAGUCAAAAAUCGCAGAAAUGAAAUGAUAUCGUUGUCUUAUAAGAAUAUAUCAUGGUUCCAUUUGAGAGGAUCCACAGAUCCACAGAUCCACAAAGCGAUGAUCUGAUGAUAUCAAAGAUACAAAGAUACACCCUCUGACAAGAUGAUAUUGAAGCAAUAUGGCGGUGACUAUGUUCAAAGCAAAUCCUACCCCCCCGAAACUUCCACAUAGCAUAACCGAAACACACACACAAUUUUGCCAUUAACUAUAAAUAAAAUGCAUUGCAAAUUAAGAAAAUUAUGACACACAAAACCACACACACACACACACACGAGCACACUUUAUGCAUGCAUUGAAGAGUCCUCCUGGUCCCGCCAGCAGCGGAGGACAGACACUUGGUGGCUGCGGCUGCGGCUGAGGCAGAGGCAGCUGCUGCUGGCAGGACCCGGAGAACCUUCAACUUACGGCUGACCUUUCUCCCUAACUAUUUGAUUGAGUUCACGUUCACACACACACACACACACCCACACACACCACAAGCUCCAUGACACACCCAAUCCAAUCGAUACUUCCACACGAUAUGGCCUGGCCACUCCUACCUUCUACCUUCUGCCUUCUACUUAUACCUUAUACUAUGUAUGU